AUGGCUUCUACAGCCCUUAGACAGGCUCCACGGGCCUUUUCCCGUCGCCUGUCAUCAACUAGCCUGCUGCGAGCCGGGUCGCCACUUCCUGCGCGGACGGUCGCUGGGCGACGAUAUGUCUCUGAGACGAGAUCUGCCCCUGCUCAGGUCAACGUCGACACAGCCAUCAAGGCAGAGCAGAGGAAGUUCAUGCAGCAGACAGGCAUCCAACCUCAGAAUGCAGACCUUCCGGCGACCCCCGUUAGCGGGGACACCGCCCUGAGCCCGAAUGCCGCCAUUUUGAAGCAAGCAACCAUCCUGGACGAGGGCACCCGGCCUAUCUAUCUUGAUAUGCAGGCUACCACCCCGACCGAUCCACGCGUCCUUGACGCAAUGCUUCCUUUCCUCACCGGCCUUUAUGGUAACCCUCACUCGAGAACGCAUGCCUACGGCUGGGAAACAGAGAAAGCUGUGGAGGAAGCUCGAAGCCACAUUGCCAGCCUGAUCGGCGCCGACCCCAAGGAAAUUAUCUUCACUAGUGGGGCCACCGAGAGUAAUAAUAUGAGCAUCAAAGGCGUGGCCAGGUUCUUCGGUCGGUCAGGCAAGAAGAAGCAUAUCAUUACCACCCAGACCGAACACAAAUGUGUUCUGGACAGUUGCCGUCAUUUGCAAGAUGAGGGAUUUGAAGUCACAUACCUUCCGGUGCAAAAUAACGGCAUCAUCAACAUGGACGAUCUCAAGGCAGCCAUUCGUCCAGAUACUGCCCUGGUCUCGAUCAUGACGGUGAACAAUGAGAUUGGCGUUAUUCAGCCAGUCGAGGAGAUUGGAAAGUUAUGCCGUGCGAACAAGGUGUUUUUCCACACCGAUGGUGCGCAGGCAGUUGGGAAGAUCCCCAUUGACGUGAACAAGUGGAAUGUUGACCUCAUGUCCAUCUCGGGCCACAAGAUCUAUGGUCCAAAGGGAGUCGGAGCAUGCUAUGUCCGGAGACGGCCUCGUGUGCGUCUUGACCCGCUUAUUACUGGCGGUGGUCAGGAAAGAGGUCUUCGCAGUGGUACUCUGGCGCCUCAUCUCGCUGUCGGCAUGGGUGAAGCCUGCCGGAUCGCGAAGAACGACAUGGAAUACGACACCGCACAUGUCAAGAGAUUAUCAAAGCGACUGUUGGAUGGUCUCCUGGCUAUGGAACACACCUCACAAAAUGGUGACCCUGAUCGUCACUACCCUGGCUGUGUCAAUGUCUCUUUUGCCUACAUUGAGGGAGAAUCGCUUCUAAUGGCACUGAAAGACAUUGCCUUGUCUUCCGGCAGUGCGUGCACAUCAGCUUCACUGGAGCCCAGCUAUGUGCUCCGUGCUCUGGGCAACAGCGAUGAGAACGCCCACAGCAGUAUCCGAUUUGGUAUUGGACGGUUUACCACCGAGGCCGAGAUUGACUAUGUGCUGAAAGCCGUCACCGACCGCGUUCACUUCCUGCGUGAACUGAGCCCACUGUGGGAAUUGGUACAGGAAGGCAUUGCCUUGGACUCAAUCCAAUGGAGCCAGCAUUAA